AUGUCCUCUUCCGUCUUCAGCUCAGCAGACUCCCAGUCUCCCUUUGCAAAGAUUCGAGCUUCAGAAGCCGCAGCGAACAAUGCCCAGGGUCAAGCCGAAGCUACUCAACCAUCGCAGCAGCCGUUGUCACGUGUGCCCGCUGCUCUGGACACGCUCAACGACAGUCAGGCUCUUGCACUUCUCCUGAAUAACCAGACAGUUUCAAGGCUGUUCCAGGAUGCAUUCAUAACACGCGUCGAGGAGCACCAGCAGAGGGUGGAGCAGCGUUAUAAUCAGCGCUUAGUGGAGCUUGAAGAGUACACCCGCAGCUGGCGAGACACCACCAAGGAACUCUGGAUGGCCGUGAAUGAAGGCACUUUCAACCCAGACAACGAGGAGAGGGACAGUCUCAGGUGGAAGGGCCCACACGAGGCUGGACAAGCCUUCCAUCCCGAUUCCACCGUUUUAGUGCCGAGUCUGACUGCCAAUGCCACUCCCUUGGCCGCCGUUAUACCAGGUCUCACCCUUGGACUUCCAUUGCAGGAGUGGAUUACAGACAUCAAAGGGUCAGCGGCUGACUUCGUGUCUCCAAGCUCCAAGCUUAUGCUCUUGAUGGGAUCACCUUAUCUUGAUCUUGAAGACCAGGCGUUCUCCAAGUUCUUGAAAUCAUCACCCUCGUGUGGGCGGAUCUUUAUCCGGCUUGUAGACUCCGCGCUAAACUACACAUACCUCUCAUUAGGAAGUAAAACGCAAGAGGACAGCCCCGAGUUCCAGCCUGAAGACAUCAUAGUUGAGCCGACUCUCCAGAACAUGCUUCUUCUCUGGAAGGCAUUCUGUAUACUGAAGGAUAGAAAUGACUAUCUCCUCUCCAAGAUCGGGGGCCCUUGGUCGGAAGUCAGCAGAAAAGCAUUGAAUGAGCUUCUCGACAGGCUGCAUCAGUACCGAGGCGCCUCAACCUCGCGCUCGAGACAGAUGCGCUGCAUAUCACUGCCAGAGGCUUCACUCGGAACAGAGGGUGUGCCCUUGAAUCGUAAAUUGGUGAUAGCCCGUCCUUACCACAAAGGAAUGCGAGUGAUCGGGGCCGAGUUCUUCGACACUGGCUACAUCUCUCGCAAGCGUCGCGUCUCCGCUGAAGACAUUGUUAUUACUGAAGAAACCGUCACGCUCCAAGAUAUUGGUCGUACUUUGGAACAAGCGAUUCGAAUGGGCGUUGGUCCAGGCAUCAAACCAGACCACGCUACAAUUUCUAUCGACGUUCUCAGCUCGGAGAAUGCGGCAGUGCCUCAAAUGUCCAAGGCUGGACAGUCGGGGCAGUUAUAUCAAGAUUCUGCUGCGAUGAGAACACCAGUUCCAAAGAGCUUGGAUCCAACUCAGCCGUCCCUUUUCCAGCGGACGCUUCAUCUUAGCAAUGACCUGAGGGAGCUCGGUGACGAUGAUCGCAGUGAUGGGUAUGAUCCUCAGGCCCACAGUCGCUGGCUCGCAAUGGGAGGAGAGCCACAAGAUGUUCGCUCUCCUUCACCCAAGUGCCAGCAAGAAAGAAUCAUAGAUCAUCGAUUUCAAGCACAUGAUGUGGAGGAAGAGGUGCCGCCAUCCGACCCGGACAACGACCGUACCGGUGACAAUUUCUCUGAGAUUGGCGAAAACAGUGAUCGCAUCAUACUUGACGAGCAGCCGAAGAACGUUACGUUUCGUUGCCAUAGAAAGCGGCCUCUCCCGGCAGCUGACGAGAAGACCCAGGCGACGAAGAGGCUGAAGGUCUCGAAGGCUGAGCCAUCCAUGGUAGUAGAGAGGCAGUUUCCUCAGAAGCAUCCACGAGUGCCCAAUCUCCAUUUCAGUUCCGUCGCUCCGCCUAGCAGUCCUGACAAGCAGCACCUCGAUCAACCCGCAGCUGACCUGGCUCGCGCAGUUCCUCUCGAUAAGCAGGACACGGCUGUGGCUCUGAGCCCUUUGCCCCUUCCUUUCGAGACUAGGACCAAAAGGGCCCAGGAGCUUCAGGAGAUUCAGGAUCAGUUGCGGCGGCUUGGAUGUCGCAUCGAAGACGGCGUCGAUCAGGCUGACGUGGGCGCCUCCAGUGGAAACAUCGAGACCCCUGGACAACCGCAAGCCGAUGGUGUGUUUGAACGAACACCAGCCUCUACCGAGAUGGCCUCCGGCCAGGAGCUGCGGGAUAAACUCCGGCGCAUCGGAUGUCGCUUUGAAGAAGACAUUGGCAAGGCCGAUGUCGGCAACGUACGGGGAAAAGGCACGAGGAUCGAGCAGCUGCCGGAAAGCAGCGAGGGGUCUGAGACUGUGCUUGAGAACCAUCGCAAGACUUCGACUAGUCAAGCGGACUCACUUCCAGCAGCUCAUCUGACGUCUCUCGGUGUCCCCAGCCAGACUGAGGCUCCGUCGGGCGGCGCAGACUCGCUCUCCACCGCGCAAAGGCGUGUCACGGAUCAUCCGAUGAUCUUGAAGGUACAGAGUGAAGGUACGUCUGGGAAGGGCGGGGAGAUGGGCAAGCCGUCUGGAACUCCUGCUGGUGAGGCUGUAGAGCGAGGCCGGCGAGUGCGAACAUUGAGACGAGGGUGA